AUGGAACAUGAGGCUACCCAGCUAGAAAAGCAGCAUGUGCAUAGUGUGUAUGAAAAUACAGCUGCCUACUUUAAUGAUCUGCAGAGCAAAGCAUGGCCUCGUGUGAGAAACUUUCUGUUGGAGCAAAAGCCUGGCAGUCUUGUUGCUGACAUAGGUUGUGGAACUGGAAAAUAUCUCAGUGUCAACAAUCAGGUGUACAAUCUUGGCUGUGAUUACUGUGGACCAUUGGUAGAAAUCGCAAGGAAGAGAGGUGAAGAAGUUCUGGUUUGUGACAACCUUAACCUUCCCUUUAGGGACCAGUGCUUCAAUGCAGUCAUUUCCAUUGGAGUGAUCCAUCAUUUCUCAACUAAACAAAGAAGAAUCAAAGCAAUAAAGGAAAUGGCGAGAGUACUGAUGCCUGGGGGCCAGAUGAUGGUUUAUGUUUGGGCUAUGGAACAAAAGAAUCGCCACUUUGAGAAACAAGAUGUAUUUGUUCCCUGGAACAAGGCCUUGUGCUCACGGCAUUUUUCAGAAUCGAAUCAAUCUGGAGAUAAGGGAGAGUUUGUGCAUGCAGUAAAAAGCCAAGAUAUAUACCCUGCAGAGGUAUUGAGCUCUGAUUACAGCUACCAAACCAAUCUACAACCAGAAACUGAUUCAAAACAUCCCCACAGUACGGACCAUUGCUUAUCCAGAGCCUGCUGCAUGAAAAUUUCUGAAGAGGAAAAUAGAUUUUACAGUGCUCUUGGAAGAUCUUUCCGCUCAUGGUUUUUCUCCAGAUCCCUUGAUGAAUCAGCCCUCAGAAAACAAACUGAAAAGUUGAAGCCUCUGAAGAAUGAAGGAGAAUGGACAAACAGUACCGUGCCUAUUCAGCAGUCACGACACUGCAGUUUGGAUUUAGGUCAUCAUAGGGCACUGCUAAAAGAACAAUGUGUAGAUGAUGAUGAUGUGUUUGUAGAAAGCUCACCUGUCAAAAAACUGCCAUGGUCACAAGCCAUACACGCACUGAAGGAUUUGAGUUUAAAUGGAGGACACCAAAGUGCAGCUCGGAGCAAAGAUGAAGAAGCUACAUUUAUAAAUGGCCCAGUGGAAGAAAAGGACCACAGCUGCAGCUGUAAUAAAGAUGAUGCUGUUAAGUCUAAUGCCAGCAAGUUUUUCAAAAGAACUUCAACAACUGACUCCACUGACUCUGCUUUGGAUUCAGCAGUGUCUGUUGGGGACCAAAGUGAUGACACACUGGAUACAAAAGCCUUCAUGCGCUAUUAUCAUGUUUUUCGGGAAGGGGAGCUUUGCUCUCUGAUAGAAGAGAAUGUGCCUGAGCUUCUGAUACUUUCUUCUUGCUAUGACCAUGGAAACUGGUGCAUUAUUGCAGAGAAAAGAGGACAAUAGCUGUAAACAGGACAAAACAAUGUAGUGACUGAGGAUUUUAAGCUGCUCCUUGUGUUCCUGUGACUGUACAGUGUGACGUGGAAUUUCAAUCCCUUGUAGUCAUGUGCCAUUCAUUCCCGAGUUUAUUACGUAUGUAAAUAUUUAAUGCAA